GCUUCUCUGUAUCUCUUUCGGUUCCUCUGUGCUUUGAUGCACAAUCCCAUCAUCUCUACAUCACAUCUGUAUCUGUAGGGACUGGCGGACAGCUCUCCAUUCAUGUGCAUUUAUAGUAGAUGUAACGCGCACGUUUUAUUUGUGAUCUUUAUCAGAAGAUAGAUGCCACAGUGAUAGGACACAACUUCAUUGACUUCGGCGUUUCAGCGCGGCACUCCAUGGCGCCUGGGAAUCUCUCAUAUUCGCUGUAUGACAACAGCAGCCAUCGAGACCUCGAGUCCAGUUUGGAUGUUAACACAGAUAUAUACUCAAAGGUACUGAUCACCGUGAUAUACAUUGUGCUGUUUUUGGUUGGUUGUCUGGGGAAUUCCAUCACGCUGUAUACUUUAGUACGGAAAAAAUCCUUACAGAACCUGCAGAGCACUGUGCAUUACCACCUGGGCAGCCUGGCUAUUUCCGACCUCCUCAUCUUAAUCCUCUGCAUGCCCAUAGAGCUGUACAACUUCAUAUGGGUGCACCACCCAUGGGCAUUUGGAGAAGCUGUUUGCAAGGGUUACUACUUCUUACGAGACGGCUGCUCCUACGCGACCGUGCUUAACAUCGCCAGCUUGAGCGUCGAGCGUUACAUGGCAAUCUGCCAUCCUUUUAAAGCAAAGAGUAUUAUGUCCAAGAGCCGCACUAAGAAACUGAUAAGCGGAAUGUGGAUCUUGUCCUUUAUCCUGGCCGCACCGAUGCUCUUUACCAUGGGGCAGCAGAACAUCGGCGGCGAGAACAUCUGCACCACCAUCGUGUCCCUGCUUAGUUCCAAGAUCGUGUUGCAGGUGAAUGCCUUGCUCUCCUUCGUGGUUCCCAUGGCAGCGAUCUCGGCACUGAAUGGAAUGAUCGCCAGCCAGCUCCUUCACAUGUUCCGCCAGGCUGAGCGGGACACCCGCGUGUGCAUCAUUGGAGGAAGCCCAACCAUGCUGAGUGUCUCAAUGGAGCCCAACCGCAUCCAGUCCCUGCGUCAUGGCGUCAUGGUCCUGCGCGCUGUGGUCAUCGCGUUUGUGGUGUGCUGGCUGCCCUACCACACGAGACGGCUCAUGUUCUGCUACGUCACUGAGUGGACAGACAGCCUAUAUGACUUCUACCACUACUUCUACAUGGUGACAAACGUGCUGUUCUAUGUCAGCUCUGUUAUCAACCCCAUCCUCUACAACCUGGUAUCGGCAAACUACAGGCAGAUCUUUUUCUCCAUGGUAAAUUACUUCUGCCUGCCCUGUCACCAGAAGAAGCAGAGACAGGUCCUGACCAGAUACUCCAAUAGUACCUCCAGCAACCACACCUGCUCUACCAAUGUUAUCAAGGAGACUGUGUACUGAUCUCUGAUUAGCUAAUGCUAAUUAAUAUCACCUGGCAAGCAAGGGAGGAUCAUGGCUACAGUAAAAUCAAAGCAGCAGAAUUAGUCUCAAACUGAAUGUGCCAAUAACGGUAUUCGUUGUUUUUUUUCAUCAGCCUUCAGGGAAAGGGGAAGGUAAGAGUCAUUUUCAUAAUUGCCCAAAACGUUAGGCUGUAUACACAUACUCAGUGAUCAAAAUAUUAAUCUCAUAGCUUGGUAAUUAUUUUCAGUUCAGGUGGCCUGUGAAUUUUCUUGAGCAGAAUUAAGAAAGAAGGACUUUCAUUCUAUACGCCAUUCAGUUCUUUAUUUUAGCCUAAUAACAUAGCAUCAUGCUAUAUGUGUAUCUAUUUAGAAUGCCAAAAGGAUAAUCGUCCUACUCUCUUCGCGGCCAACAAAUAUUGACGUUUGGAAAAUAAUCCUAAAAUUGUAGAAGGUUGCAAAAGGAUUCCACUGUCCGUCAGCGUGACUCAUCAUUUUUGACAUGCACAGAGCUGAAAGAGUACCAGCCUAACAGAUCUGGAUCCUGAGAACACAAAACAGCACCUUAGACUGCAAACAGAGUCCGUGUCACCUCUGAGAGUCUGAGAGCGGCAGGAAACAGCAUGGAUGACAGCUACAUUAUUUCCUUGUUAGCUCAAAAGGGAGCAGGAUGCCAUGUUGGAUAUAUCACUGUGUUGCACUGUGAAGCUUUGUCAGUCUUCACAGGUGCGUCACCCUUUAAGUGACUUUCAGCAUAAACCCUUCAGUACAAAAGUAAAAAUCUGUUUUCCAAAACAGAAACACUGUGCCCAGUAGAUAAAGAGAAAUUUUUCAUUAAAAACUCCUCUGCAGACGGUUCUAAAGACGGCUGCAUUUCCAGUCAUGUGUGUUCGCGUCCAUCCUAGGCUGUGAAUGUUUUUCAUCAUCAUCCAGCUUGUUGAUAGUGCAUCAUCCAAAUGUCUCUCAAUUCUAUUUUUACAGACAUCACAGCAAAUCAAUGUCCCAUUACAUUUUGCUAUAUGUGGUUUAAAGCAUUGGAAGACUGUGCCCAUUUCUUCUUUUAUUCAGAUUGCUGUAGCAAACCAGCCUCUUGAAUUAACCAAACUGGGUCAUAACACCGACUGAAAAACAGCAAUGUGUUUUCUGUUUCAUUUAAAUCCACUCCACUAAGAGAAUAGAAUAUGGAGUACAGAAUGAAACCAAUGUCUUCAAUCCCAAUUCUUACACAUAAAUUCUUACACAUUAAUAAUCAUACAUUUGUUUUUAAUUUGUUUCAUUCAGCAUAAUCCUACUGGGAAAUACAAAAAGAGAAAUUUUUUCAUGAAAACAAUCAUUUUAAAACCAUAAUUACAUGAGAACAGUAUGUAACUCCACUUGCUACCAUUUACACAAACUUUCAUCUUUAUCUCCACUUUGAUAAUUACAUAAGAUUUAUUCAGCAUUAAAUGAGUCAUAUAUCAAGAACCGUAUUCACAGCAUCUGCUACAGUAUAUGAGCAAAGUGUGAUUACAUCAUUAUUACAUUAUUACAUGUGAAGGUGAAACCACUCUGGUGAAUUUGUAUUUUGCUUUUUAUGUGAUUGCAGCGUUUGUUGUAUUGAAGCUAUUCUUGUGAAGUCACGUUGCUUGCAUCUGUUACUGAAAAAAGGAAUUGUAAAUCUGAGCAAGAAUUAAAUAUCUGCUAUAUAUUUAUUUAUAGACAACAAUGAGAACAUGUAGACUGCUCAAAAGAAUUAAAGGAACGCUUUGAAAACACAUCAGAUCUCAAUGGGAAAAAAUCAUACUGGAUAUCUAUGCCAAUGUGGACUGGGUAAUGUAUUAGGAAUGAAAGGAUGCCACACUGUUUGAUGGAAAUGAAAUUUAUCAACCUACAGAGGCUGAAUUCAAAGACACCCUGAAAAUCUAAGUGAAAGAAAUUAUGCGGCAGGCCAGUCCAUUUUGGAAAAAUGUCAUUACAGUAACUCAGAAUCAUAAUCAGUAGUUUGUAUGGUCCCCACGUGGUUAUAUGCAUGCCUGACAAUGUCGAGGCAUGGUCCUAAUGAGACCACGGAUGGUGUCCUGGGGGAUCUCCUCCCAGAUCUGGACCAGGGCAUCCCUGAACUCCUGGACAGUCUGAGGUGCAACCUGCUGGUGUCAGAUGGACCGAAACAUAAUGUCCCUAUUAUUCUAUUAUUCACUAGUCCCUAGUGUUCUAUUGGAUUUAAGUCAGGCGAGCAUGGGGAUCAGUCAAUGGUAUCAAUUCCUUCAUCCUCCAGAAACUGCUGGCAUACUUUCCCCACAUGAGGCCGGGCAUUGUCGUGCAAAAGGAGGAGCCCAGGACCCUCUGCACCAACAUAGGGUCUGACAAUGGGUCCAAGGAUUUCAUCCCGAUACCUAAUGGCAGUCAAGGUGCCAUAGUCUAGCCUGUAGAGGUCUGUGCGUCACUCCAUUGAUAUGCCUCCCCAGACCAUCACUGACCCACCACCGAACCGGUCAUGCUGAACAAUUUUACAGGCAGUAUAACGUUCUCCACGGCUUCUCCAGACCCUUUCACGUCUGUCACAUGUGCUCAGGGUGAACCUGCUCUCAUCUGUGAAAAGCACAGGGUGCCAGUGGCAGACCUGCAAAUUCUGGUGUUCUAUGGCAAAUGCCAAUCGAGCUCCAUGGUGCUGGGCAGUGAGCACAGGGCCCACUAGAGGACGUCAGACCCUCAGGCCACCCUCAUGAAGUCUGUUUCUGAUUGUUUGAUCAGAGACAUUCACACCAGUGGCCUGCUGGAGGUAAUUUUGUUGGUUCUGACAGUGCUCAUCCAGUUCCUCGCAUAAAAUAGUACGUACCAGCCCUACUGAUGGAUCCAGCUCUCCUAGAGUAACUGUCUGUCUCCUGCAAUCUCCUCCAAACCCUUAAGACUGUGCUGGGAGAUACAGUAAACCUUCUGGCAAUGGCACAUAUUGAUGCACCAUCCUGGAGGGGUUGGACUACCUGUGCAACCUCCAUAGGGUCCAGGUAUCGCCUCAUGCUACCAGGAGCCAAAUGUAAAACUAGUGAAAAAACUGUUGGAAAAAGUGAGGAGUGAAAAAUGUCAGUGGCCUCCAGCUGUUAAACCAUUCCUGUUUUGGGGGCUGUGUCAUUGUUUCCCCUCAAGUGCACCUGUUCUUAAUUUCAUUAACACCAAAGCGGCUGAAACUGAUUAACAGCCCCCUCUGCUACUAAACUGACUAGAUACAUAUCCCAGAAGUUUAAUUGACUUGAUACUAGACUCUGAUUAAAAAGAGUUCCUUUAACUUUUUGAGCAGUGUAUUCUGAUAUAAAUAACAUUCAAUAAAUAAAUGUGUACAUGGACAUA